AUAGCCAAGAAAGUGAUUGGACAUAAACCCCACCCACAAAGCCCCUCAAGUAUACACUACCUUCUCUAUCUUUACAACAUCACAGAUUCACAAUGGAUAUCCACUACAUGAUCAGAAUGGGAAUUCCAUUGAUGUUAUUAGCAUUAAUGAUGUUUUCAUGUGCAAACUCAGAUGAUGCUAAGGACAGAGAGGAGUGUACACAGCAGUUGGCUGGACUUGCAACCUGUCUGCCUUAUGUUGGAGGAAACUCCAAAGCUCCGACACCAGACUGUUGCAGUGGUCUCAAACAAGCCCUCAAGACAAGCCCAAAGUGCCUCUGUGUGAUUGUAAAGGACAGAAAUAAUCCAGAACUAGGGCUUAACAUCAAUGCCACACUUGCUUUAGGCCUUCCUACUGUUUGCAAUUCCCCUGCCAAUAUUUCUCAGUGCCCUGCUCUUCUCCACUUGGCUCCAAAUUCAACUGAUGCACAGAUUUUCUAUCAAUAUGGUCAUUCCUCCUCCAAUGCUACUACUAGUCCCACCACCACUCCUGCUGUUGCCACUGCCAAUGCCACAAGUGCCAGCAGCAGUGAUGGUCAUUACAUUGGGAAGAGAGGGUUGGGGUUGGAAGAAGUCAUUGUUGGUGUCCUCUUUCUAUGGUUUUUCAUUUCACACUUAUUUAUUAUAUGAGUGUGUUAAAAAUAAAUCCGUGAUUGAUUAUCACUCUCAUUCUCAGUUAUAUGAAUGAACCUAGUGUUAUUUCAUUGUAUAUAUGCGACCUGGCUUUAAUAUUGUAUGACUCACAUCGUAUUCACUUGAUGUUCCUCUCUCUCUCUCUCUCUCUCUCUCUCUCUCUGUGAAGCCAUGCGGGCUAAAAGGCCCAAACACAACAGUGUUAUUGCUAUUUGUUAUUCUCGACACUUUGCUCUUUAGUUUGUUGCCAACACAUUGACAUUCAUCGAGAGAGAAGUUUAAUUUGAUCCAGUUGGGCCUGUUUGUCUCA